AUGAACAGAUUCCAGGACCAUGAAAGUCUACUUUACUUGCACAAACUUGCCUAUGCUUCCGUCCAAGGCGUGCUGGACGAAAGUGUAGCAUACGGCAUUGUCAAUGAAAUGCUCAUUGAGCACAAGCAAGUCCUUGGACGAGAUUUCUUCAUCAUCUUCCCUCAACUCCGUCUCCCUUGGAACCCUGACAGGCCAAAGGACCGACGUGGCAACAUACCCGAUGUCGGCCUUGGCCGCCUUACAGGCAGCGGUGUCAGACAUCUCCAAGGAGGCAUAGAACAAAAAGUCGCCACCGAGCUGAUGAGAAACCUUCCAAAUCCUGACUCAAUCGUCCAUGAUAAAGCAGUCCAACUGUCCAUUAAUCGAGCCAUCAUUCAAGCAGAGGACCAAGUCAAAGCUGCGGUCAAGAAUGGUGCGAUCCCCUGUAACACCGCCAUCGACUGGAUUAUCGCAUCUGGUCCAUACUUCAUCAUCACGUCUUUUGGACCUUUCACCGAAGCGCAGCUCAGCACACGUUCGCAUCGGCCAAACGCAAGCGGCGAUGCCUUACUGGCAGAAAUCGCUCAAGAACUAAAGGACACUGCUGAUUCUACACCAAUCACGAAGACUUUGCACCUCAUCGGCACGGAAGAGGCUGCUGUUGCCGUUCAUAACUACCUCGUGUCAGGAGCUCAGUUAUACAACUCGACAGACCGGAAUUACCCCUAG